AUGAUGGCAGUUCCAACAUCUAUACCUGAGGAGGAUGACCGCUCCAUGGAGCUCUCUUCCAUUGCCGCCAUCUACCCCGAAAUUAGAAUUGACGAACGAUACCCAUUCAGAGCGUCUCUAGAUAUACCUGUAGCGCCAUCGGUCCCCAUACGCGUGCGAUUUGAGCUAGGCUCCGAGCCAUUCCAAGCCCCGAUGACCCCGCCGACAUCCCUGGACACAAAUGGUACGAGUGGAAAAGUGGAGAUUUUCAAUCUCAACAAUGCGAAUGUCGCCGAAAAUGUAUAUGACGAUGUUCAUGCUAUCUCACAUCUACCCCCCGUGACACUCGAUAUCGAAUUACCGCUAGGAUAUCCAUCAGAAAAACCGCCGAUCUUCAAUAUCAGUACCAGUCCUCAGUGGCUAUCGCCUAGACAGUUGGCAACAUUGAAAGAGGAUGGCAAGCGCCUGUGGCUUGAAGCUGGAAAGGACAUGGUAGUCUACACCUACAUCGACCACAUACAGCAAAUGACAGAUGACGUUUUUGGAAUUGCGCGCGACCAUGGUGACGAAAUCAAGCUUCCACGCGGCUUGAAGAUUGCACUUCUUGACUUUGACAUGAAGGCUAAAAGGGAGAAAUUCGAACAAGAAACGUUUGAGUGUGGUGUAUGCCUGGAACCCAAGAAGGGCGUGAAUUGCCACCGCAUGCUACUCUGUUCUCACGUUUUCUGCAUUCCUUGCUUACAAGACUUUUACAACACCUGUAUAACGGAAGGAGAUGUGGACAGCGUCAAGUGCAUGGCACCAGAUUGUGGCAGAGACACCAACCGGGCACAUGAUGCUGCUCAGGAGCCUUCUGGUGCGACCUCUCGUAAGAGGAAGAGAAGGAACAAAGACCGACUUAUCAGCCCAAGCGAACUUCUCCAAAUUCCAUUGGAACAAGAAACGGUGCAACGCUAUGUCUUUUUGAAACGAAAGAAGAAACUAGAGUCGGAUAAAACCACGGUAUAUUGUCCUCGCCAAUGGUGUCAAGGAGUCGCUCAAUCGAAGAAACACCCGAAGCCUGUUAACCCCAUGGCGGACGACUUUGAUGAUUCAGCGGAUGAGGAUGAUGCUGCAGCUGAAUUUGACCCCCUGGGCGAGGAAUCUCAGCUUCCGCCAAUGGCGGACCGGGUAGCUAUCUGCGAGGACUGUCUCUACGCAUUUUGCUGUGUUUGUAAGAAGGGAUGGCACGGCGAAUUAGUGAGGUGCUCACCAAGACGGGAAGCCGAGCUCACAGCAGAAGAGAAAGCCACGGAAGAAUAUCUCAAGCUGUACACUACGCAGUGUCCUACGUGCAAAACACCCUGUCAAAAGAAGAUGGGGUGCAACCACAUGAUUUGUUUUCAGUGCGGCACACAUUUUUGCUAUCUCUGCACAGCCUGGCUUKCGGAGGACAACCCUUACAAGCAUUUCAACACUCUCGAUAGUAGCUGCUACAAUCGUCUCUGGGACUUGGAAGGUGGCGAUGGCAUAGAUCCAGAUGGCGCCGAAGAGUUACAUCGUCCGCCAGAGAAUGUGGCGGAUUUUGAUUCCGAACCUGAAUCUGACGAUGACAAUCCUCCGGAUGACCCCGACGACGGCCAUGACCAACCAGUCUGGGAGUUUAGCCCCGAUAACAGCGAUAGCGAUAGCGACGACGAAGAUGAUCUAGGGCGUCGGAGGCCUCCACCUCCUGCCCCGGUGCCUCCUCGAGUGAUACCCGUUGCCGGUAACCCAGACGGUGAACCAGGAUUUAACCUGCGCGGCCUGGAUGCCGCAGGACGAGCCGUAGCUGCUGAGCGUCAGGCACAAGCUCUAGCUAUGGCGCAAAUCAGGGACCGUCCAGGCGCAAGAGAAGCAUUUCCCCGACCACCCGUCCGGCCCGGCGCAGGACUACCACCCCGCCGCCAUCCUCCCGGCAACCAACCCGUGCGACUAGAAGGCCUUCAACGAUUCCUAGAACUAGUCCAAAACGACCAAGAAGAUGAAUGGGACAGCGACGAGCUGAAUGAAUAG